AUGGUUAACAACUUGGCGAUAAUUUCAAGGCUUGCCGUAUCGGUAAGAAGGUCGGAUUUAGUUUUACCUAUAUUAGGGAGUGACAAAUGUUCAUUUAAGAAGGUUUCGAUGGGAUUAACCUUCCAUAAAAUAGCAGGCAAACAUUUUAGUCGUUGGACAGAAUUUAAUGGAAAUUUUUAAUCGCUAGUCUCAGAAGAAGCUAAUAUUGUGUGGCGUUGAAUCCAAUUUCAGCUAUUUUUCCUCUAUCGAUCCCGGAAAGAUUCUUAGUCUAAACCAAUGGAUGUUUUUUAAAACAACUGAUUUUUCUUCUUCUUCUUCUUCUGUUACCCGAAACGGCAAGAAAUUAGCCGUUGAAAGGCCAAAAUAUUAACCGUUUACCGUGAAUACUUCCACCCUUGUGAGUCCUUUAUUUAACCCCUGUUGUCACUCAGUUAGUAUUGAGGCAACAAAUACCAGGUGCGCGAUAUUAUUAUGAUUUGUUCGUAGAACGUAUGAUUCGAUUUCAUGUGAAAUUUGGAAUAAUUGGGCUCGAGUAAAUUUCUUCAAAGACUAACAGAGUUGCAUGAUCGAACCUGUAGUGAAAAAAAAAAGCGGGUGUGUUUAUUUCGAGUAUUCCAUUUACGAGAGAAAAGCUGCUCAGUACUAUAACUGUACAGCCCUGGAAACAAUGCAAGGAAGUUUAUCAAGAUCCAAAUAAAAGAGAAAUAAAAUGAAAUAUCGUUCUAUUUCCUUUUAGAACUAAAAUGAUGCCUUUUUUUUCAGAAAUGAAAUACCUCUUCCUUCAUAAAAAUUUUCUUACUAGCCAAUAAGAAUCUGAAAAUGAUUGUUCACGAAUAUUACAUUAUUUAUAUUAAAAUUAUUUAUUUCUUCUCCUAAAUAAGGUAAUAAGAACUUCCCAACAAUAAUAUUUUUAUCGUGCGGAUAAAAUUGAACUAAAAACUGAUUACUUGGCUCAUUAUCUCUAACUAUUUCAUUUUCUAUGAAAUCACAUGCAUUUUACCAUUUCGUGCAGACAUCGCGCUUCAAUUUAAAAGGAGCUGAUUUAAUUUCAGGGCUACUCAUUAGCUUUCGUGGACUUCUUACCAUACUGCUUCCUGUAAAACUGUAGUGAAUUUAAUAGCGAGAUAAAAUUAAGUUCAUCUUCUUGUAAGAUCUACCUUAGUUACACAUGUGAAACGUGUAUGUCAUGAUAAAACGACCAACCAUGCGUUUUCCAAACGACAUUAUUUUGAGAUAAGCAGAUGGCAUCCCUGCAGGAAAGGAAGGCGCGAAUGCAAUUUAUUCCUCCCUCGACGCUGAUUAUCUGGCAAAAUCCCCGCCUUCAUGGCUGGCACUAUAAAUUAAUUUGAAAAUUAUAAUUAUCGACUCAGGAUGUAUACGUGCCUAAGCAAAUUUACUUUGUGUCGGUGGUUAACGAUGUUUAGAUGGCCGACAAAAUUUCUAUUCAUUUUGCUUCCACUCUACAGGAUAUCAACCGUGCAAUUUUAGCUACCUUAACAAUGCUCUAUUAAAAAUAAUUGUGCUGCUUGAAGUUUAUUAAUUUGAUGUUUUUGGCCAUCAGCGUUUUAAUUAUGACAUAUAGCUUCUGAAUAUUAAAUAUCAAUCCAUUAGGCAGCAAUUGAAACAAUAAUUUUGAUAUGUCUCGCCCGUUAGACUCACCAAGAGUCGACAAGCAUACUAACUAUUUCCAGCAAUCUGUCCACGAUCUGUUUUCUUUCUUCUGGUAAAUUGAAACUUCUUGCUUUAAGAAGCGAAAUUUUUCGAAAGGUAAGAAUACUUUCAGUGGCGGAUCGAGGGAAGGGGUUCCUUAUUUUAAGACCAAACUUAGCCCAUCUGAAUGACCGUCCCCCCACCCCCUUAUCUGAAGGUCUGGCUUCGCCACUGAUUUUUACAAUUCUUUUUUUAAAAGCAAAGACCUCGUUUAGUUAGAACGUAUGUCAUAUUUUGAUCCUUAAGUAAAAUGAAUAAGGAUUAAAGAGCAAAUAAGUGAGUGAACACAAGGUGGAAGAAAGAUCGGCGGAUGGAUGAGCCGUAAGGCGUUUCGGAGAUUCGCCCUUUUUAUGUGAAAAAUAUAUAGAAGUUACGAACUACCUUUCAUAUUAGUAGACUAAGGAUACUGUCCAUGGAUAAAAUCACGACGAUAUAACCAUUGUGACAAAUGCUUAAGAGUCGGUCGAAAUUUAUGCAUUGGCGAAACAGUCAAAAGUACUCAGUAAAUGCAAUGCAAUUAGCUUAAAGCUGUUUAGUUUAGUUUUAGUUUAGUGCAAGCAAACCUUGACUUAUGGCGUACCGUAACUUAGUUUAGCUGAUUUUUUGUUUGUUUUUAGUUUUAAUGUCGUACUAACAGAAGACUGUUAGAACAUAAAAGCGGCGGACCAUUUUCCAUUACCGGGGGGGUGGUGGGGGAUGCGGGUAACCACCGGCGAUUCUCCCCCGGAACAUUUUGAGAGAAAGACCCUCGGAAAUGCGAUUUCUAGAGUUUUGAGGUGCAUUUGCGACAAAUUUUAUAACAUUUUGUUCAUUGUGUGAAUGAGACAAGGCAUGAUAACAAUGAAAAUCUUUAAUAAUGUAGCCAACGUCACAAAGUUAUUUGCAGGCUAACUGAUUAUACAAAAACAAAUUGAUACAGACACCAUAUAAUUCGUAAUAUAAACUUAAUGUUUUAAUAAAUUGCUAAGUAAACCAUGCGAGUUUAAAAAUAAUUAUUUCUUAAAGUUUGCUAUAUGAUAGGGUAGACAGUAUGACCUGGGAAUUUUUACUAUUUUAAGAGUGAGAGUUGAUGAAAGUUGAGGUCAAGCUGCUUUAAUUUUCAUACAAAAAAAUACGUUCUUUGGAAAAUUAUAACAGAACUUUUGUCUGUUUUCUCUUUCCUUUUCUCAGAUCGACAUUAUUACGGUUCAUACCUAAGAUGAGCAGUACAGCAGUUAUUUCCUUUUUUGGUAUUGUCUUGGUGUUUGGAUCUCUGAAGUGUAACGCUAACAAGACAGAUCUUUAUAUUCUCCAGAUGGUUGCAUCAUUCGACAAGAUCCCCUGUAAAGGGAUGACACUUGCUUACGAUGUUGCUAAGAACUCUUCUUCUUUCAAAUCAUUCUUUGAAAAGUAUGAAAUUAAGAUGAAUUGCUCUUUGACUUUGGUAAGUUCGCAACUCGCUUUAUGGGGGCGAGUUUCAAGUUUCCUGUUCGACAAAGGCCGAAGCCAUUUUUACGACAUAUUAGUUAGAGAGAUUGAGCAUCGCCUUUACGACAAACGUGAGGUUUUUGUGAUGUCUAGAAUAAUCAAGGUCGAGGUAGGGGUUAUUAGGGGCCGACCAUUUAACUCUUGAGGGGGGGGGGGGGCGGUGAUUUCUGGUCAUCAGGAAUUUUUUUUUUUAGCAAUCUGGUGGGCAGGAUAUUUUUUUCUCCUUUUUCCCAUAAGCUUUUUAUUACAUUUGCGCUGCAUGCAAUUUUUUUCUUCCGACAAGCGCUUGGAGAAAUUUUUUUUAAAAAAUCACCCCCCCCCCCUCCCCGCUCAAGAGUUAAAUGGUCGGCCCCUUAGCCGAAGACCUUGAUUAUUCUGGAUAUCACAAAAACUGAAUCUAAUAAUUGUUUUAUUAUACAUUGAACGAGAAAAAAAUGGUCAGGACAAUGAUUGGAAUAAUUCUCUCAUUUUUUUCUCUUUCACGUAAUCAACAAACAGCUCCUUCUCUGCCACCUUCGUCGACCUUUUUGUGUUUUGUGAGUCCUUCUCUUCAACUAUUUUUCGAUGUCUUGCUUGAUCAACGAAGCAAACCUGGAAGUCAAUGUUUUUGCUUCUUCACUGACGGCAAGCACAAAGCGCGCGAACUUGAUGUGAUUAUGACACAUAGUCCAUGUAAGACCUUGAGUGUUGGCCCGGCCGGGAGUCGAACCCUGCCUACCCCUAUAAGCUUGGUACCUAACCAAUAUUUCUCUCAGUAGUUAUUAGCAAGAAUUCUUGUUAUUACUUAAUUUUUUUAUUGGCAGGUUGAUUCAUAGUGUUGAAGUAUUGUUUUAUUAUUUGCAUCAGGGAAUUCCCGGCCUCGCUGUUCUGGAAAUGGCUAAAGCUUUUAAUAUUCAAGAAACCUUUCCGCUGAUAGUCCUAGGGCCUCACACUUCUAAGGAAGCUAGUGCAGUUUUACAGGUGGUGAAUGUUUACAGAAAGCUUAUGGUAAGUAACAGUCACAAUAAUGAAAUUCGUAGUAUAAUAUACAAACAGUAGUUACAUGGACACAGUUUGAUAACGCUUAGAUUGUGUUCACAGUGCCCUAUUUUUCCGUAAGAUCGUUGAGAUCGAGCGCUUGACUUUGCGUUUCUUGGAUGAGUGUCAAAUCUACUAAAGGGGCAGGGGAAGGUUUUUUCUCGCCUCCCUUCGCCCACCGCUGUAAACCCCGACGCCUUUUCGGUAAAUGUGAAAUCAAGAUGGCCGCCCGUACCGGAAAUCGCUCGAUCCUGACAAUGUUAAAAUAAGAAAAUGAACUGAAAUCGUCUUGAGAGACGUAUGUUGACAAAAAUAAUAUUUCGAGAGACCCAAUUUUAUUGCCCAACCUAAACGAAAGCUGGUUGAGAAAAACGAUGAUAAUCGUCAUCAUCAUCAUUCACAUCAAAGGGCCAAUAUAGUUACCGGCAGCCCAGGCUUACUGUGUGCCAAUAAUUGUUCGCGGAGCCUACGUUCCUGUAGAAAUUGGAAACCUAUCGAUGAGGGAAAAUUUGUUAUGAAGUCAGCGUACACCCGUCUAAAAGUCCCCACGUUCGUCCUACAGACUGUGGGGAUAGGGCAGGAGAGACUCUGCAAGGGAAGGGAAGGGGGAAUCCAAUUCAUGCAGCUACUGGACGUUCCAGUUGCUUUUGUGCUAUUUUGCCAAAACUGACUUAUUUGAUGAAGGACUGGGACUCCUUGAACACACAGCCAGAAAAUCUACUUACCUUCAAUAUCCCGUAAAGCCAAAAUCUCCAAGUGGGACAAAGUCAACGAAAACGUUUGAGAAUUGCUUAAUAGAAUGGAGCGCGUGACCGAACGUUUAAGAGAUUAGUAUCAGAUGAAGCGCGUUAACCGCGCCAAAAUAUCGUUACCUACUCGUCAAAAUGGCGUCGAAAACCGUGACAAGGUCAAUUGCCAGUCAAGAAUUUUGUAGUGUGCUGCUGUUUCUUUUUUUAUAAAUUUGUGCCCUGAAUACCGCUUGAAUGAAGUUUAUGCGUCUGUUGCUACCCUUGCCGAAAAAAACUAUCUAAAUAUGAAAGAGUUAUCGUUUCUUGGACCGACAGGCUCGGGGAUAGUAACAUUUCGAGAUUAUAAACUCUCUUCUCGAGGAAAUAAAGCAUUAUCGUUUGUUUCACGAUUCAAAACAAUCUUCUCACUAAAGGUGGAUUUUCACUGUCUCGUAACACGUGCUUACGCACGUAUAUUUUACGCGCGUAAAUAGAAUAGAAGCAAUGUAUGAAGUAGCACGUACGUGUAAACGUAAAAGUUGAGCGAGUUUCAACAACUUUAAGGUUUACGCACGAUCUUUCAUACCUUGCCUCUAAUUUGUUAACGCACGUCGUUUUUACCUGCCUAAACACGUUAAAUUUACGCGAAAGUGGAAAUCCACCCUAAGAAGUCUAAGGCUUAAUUUCCAGUGUCGCGUAAUUUUUACUUUCGCAAAUAAAACAGAGGCAAUACAUGAAAAGUCGCUUGUAAACGCAAAACUUGAACCUCGCUCAAUUUCUCGUUUAAGCUCGGUACUUUUUAUCUUGCCUCUAUUUUAUUUAGGUGAUUAAAAUUUACGUGCGGCAACGCGUCAGUGGAAAUCAAACUUAAGAAAGUCAAACAGGUGAUGAGAUCGACUUGUUACACGUCACGUUGUAUAAAAGUUCGAGACCGUAACCUGCCGCUUCUGUUGCAACAAUAUUAACUUCGUCUUUGGCGAAUAAUUGUUAAAACGCCGAUUUCAUUGCCAAAAUGCCUGGUCUGGCCAUGGUCCUGCCGGCCAGUUCUGACUUGUGGAAAGCGCCACUAAAAACCUGUAAAUGUAAAACAUAUUUUGAUCAAUACUUCUAUGGCCUGUUUCAAAACUCCUUUAAUAUUCCGUUUAUAAGCCUUCUCGGGUAUAAGCCUUGAGAAAUCCCCUUGCGAAGUUGUAUAAACUCUGAGGGCUUAUAAGCGGCAAUUUACGAUUUUCUUUGAAAUGUUGGUAAAUGUAGCUGUUGAAAACCAACCACAUACAACAAAACAUAGUGCUUGAUUAGACCACGCUUAUGACGCAGUCGAACGCAUCUCCUGGGCCCGGUUCCUGAAAGGCCGAUUAGCGUUAACCCAGGAUUAAAAUUUUGUUCCGUUUUUGUAUUUUACAUUCCUAUGCAUUGCUUAGGGUAACAGUUUGCGUUAUCAUUACUAUAUCUCGUAUUAAAGCCUCAACAGUAUUUUGUAACCUCGAGUUGCAUGUUCUUAGACGAGAAAACCGUGCUUGAAAUUUGGCUUAAUCCUGGGUUAAACUUAACCUUCUUUUGAGGAACCGGGCCCUGAUGAAGACUAGCAACACACCCACCACCUCACACGUAUUAUGUUUGUGUCGGAUAACUGACCUCCUACCCGUCCCGUAAGUCGCAAUUUGUCCUAAGUGAGAAGGAAGUGUUAAUGUUGACUUAGCGGAGGGGUAGGUGGUCACCUUUGUGUCAGACGCCUGCGGAACGAUCGAACGAAUAACGCACAACCCCCCAAAACGACCAAAUAGGUUAUGAGUAAGUUGAGUAUGAUCGUCCGGGUGAACGUAGUCCUGAACGGGACUGUUGUUGUUGACAGUGACUGACGUUUCGACAACCUGUGCGGUAGUCAUCCGUUCAGAUUCAAAAUUGAAUUGUAUCACGUCAGUUGAUGGUAUUUUAUCUGGUUAUUGACCUGAUUGGUCAAUUAAGUCGCGAUAUUAUCAGCGUCUGUCAGUUGAGCCGUGAUGUUAUUGGCUAUAAAGACUCGUAAUGUCAUUGUCGCGUUUUGAUCCCUCUAUUGUCGCAGUUACUGAAACAGUUGUUUAUUGUUAGACUAAUUGUCUGUUGUCCAGUCAUUCAGCCCUAGUUAGUUUUGCUUGAGUCCGUCAAUAAGUCGUUUGUAUUUGUACGGUGCUGGUAACUGUUGACUAGGAUUCAGUGGCGUUUGUUGUAAGUUAGUAAAUCACUUUUCUUAAGUGAUUCGUUGAUAGUAGUUUGUAGAAUACGUAAUAUACAGCUAUUUCGAGAAAGGUUGUCGAAAAAAGUGCACUCGACAAUCCCGAAAGGUAUUGUGGAUGGUUUUGAGUUCACUGUUCUUCAAAGAAAUUUGAGAGAAUGGCACGAGAGGCCAUGGAUACAUGUUUCCGAGUGCUAAAGAAAAGUAACAAAAGUAGCAGGUGCGAAAGCUACAGUGUCAGGAACAGUGAAUUGAUCGUAUCCCGUAUUACCUUUCGGGAUUGUCGCGUGCACAUUUUUCCCGACAACCUUUCUCGAAAUAGCUGUAUGUCGCAGAGUCCCAGUGGAUUUGAUGUUUCUUCUAUAAAUGGUGUUCAGCAAUAUGAUUGUUGACGUCACCUUUUCUUGUCGUUCGCUUGUGAUCAGUUAGCCGCGAGUUAAGGUUUCUGCAGGUUUCACCAAUGAAAUUGGCCUGGCAAUCGCGGCAUUUGAACUUGUAUACUGCUCCCACCCAUCCCUCUGGGUUGUCUUUGUCCUUAAAAUUAGUUAGCAGCCGUCGUAAAGUGGUUAUCGGUUUGUGCACAACGCGUAUGUUGUAGGGUUGUUGUAUACGUGCGAUAGUUUUAAAGGUGCCUCUGAUCUACGGCAUUGUCGCUGCAGUAACAGGGCCAAUCCUCAGACCAAAGUUAACUCUGGCAUUGUGAGACAAACGAUAUAAUUAACGAAUAACGAUAUUAAUAACCUUUUUUAUUGGCAACAUAUGAUUGCUUUUGUAAUAAACAUAUGGUUGUUUCUCCUUGAAACAGAUAACAUUUCUCGAAACAACAGUUAAACUGGAGGAGCUAGUGACUGAUUCUUUUGCCUUCACAUUUUUACCAACUGCGUUUUCAUUUAAUCCGCCCACGAUCAAAUUUAUGAACUUUUUCAAGUGGAAGAGAGCUGCUGUUGUGUAUGAUUUCUUGACAGAUGAAGGGGCUAAAGUCAAGGUUAGUAUUCUUUCAAUUUAUGGCACAGGGCAAAAUGAUGACAAUUCACUUUCUCAUAUCAGGAAUUGAAAAGAUAAAAGCCGUGCAAAAUGAUCCCCAUACAUGAACCUGACUUAAACAAACUUAUUUUCUUAUGUAGAAAUAGUGAUAACUAAACGACCGGUAAUUGGAAAACCUUUGCUCAAUGCGAUGGCAGAAAUGGACGUUUGCCUUUUUGCCACUAAAGAAGUCAGUCUAAGUCUGUCUUUAUUAUGACUGGCGCUGCAAGUGGGCGAAGUGAAGCGAGUGCUGUGUUCUCAUCGGCCAAUUGCUGACCAAUUCUGUUCUGUCAGCAAGGCUGGAAAUGGGACUCGUUCUCUGAGUGUUUGGAUGGACCUCGAUUUUGCUCCUAGCAUUUUAUUUAAUUCCUAGUAAGCUUUAGCUUUUUAGUGUUCCGGUCAUUAUGGGAUACUGGAUUAAGUAUAUUUAAAAUUGCAUUUGCUGCAUCGCAAGAUCCAAGGCCGUUGGGGGUGUGAACAAAGUAAAGUUAUGUUAAUAGUGGCCUUAGCUGCUACGAGUCUCCUAUAGCUUAUAUAGUGGUAGAGCAUCUGGACUGGUAACCAGAAGGUCAUUGCUUAAAGGUCAAAUGAACCAAAAAAUUGACAUAUUUUCUUCUGUCGCUUUACCUUCACCAAACACUAAAACGAACCAUCCUAAGUGAGAUUUGGGUAAAGAUUUUUCUUCCCAAGCCUUUAUAGAAAUAUAAAAGAUCAAAAUCCGAUCAUUUCCGAAAACUUCACGAAAACGUUUCUGAAAUGGCCGCGUGAUAGACUGGAGACUACGUGACGUCAAUUUUGGUCUUUCAGGGCGGAAAAACGUUCUGCGCAAGUUUCUGCGCAUCCCUUAUCGCCUGCGUUUGUUUGUCUCGUUCUGUGAGAGUUCUGACUGAGACUGAAUGAAAUACACGAGGCCGUGCGAACGUUUGCUAGUUGUAAAGGCUUUUUUUUGUUUUUGUUUUUGAAAAUUACUUUGGAUUCAGAACAACCAAUGUUAGACUAAAACAGGGUUCGCACAGUCUUGAAAAGUCCUUGAAUUUUAGGGGAAGUCCUUGAAAAGUCCUUGAAUUCCAUUUUUCCUUGAAAAGUCCUUAAAUUUCUGUGCAAGGCCUUGAAAAGAGCUUGAAUUUUCUUCAACUUUGAAUGCAGUAGCCUGGAAAGAAUUUUUUGAUGCUUUUUGGUUGUCCAAGACAGAAUAUAAAUCGUAGCUCAGUGAAUGUAAAGGUCAUUUACAUAAAGUGCUCCACGUUUUAUGCAAUAAUUAACUAUCAGUUUAAGACAAGUGAACUGAAAAAUGUAGAGAAUUUGGUGAAGCAAACAGUUAAAGCCUUAAAGUCUUAUUAGAAUAUACUGGGAAUAUGCAUUUUUGUACAAUCUGUGAAAUUAUAUUCCUAGUAGGUUGUCCUUGAAAAUCUAAUGUGGUCCUUGAAAAGUCCUUGAAAAGUCCUUGAAAAAUGGUUGCAAUUUUUUGUAUGAACCCUGUAAAAACAGAUCAUCCGUCAGUCUGAGGAGGAAUAAAACGUUUUAAACAUUUCCAACGAGGUUUGUAUUUUUUUGAGAAUUGUGCAUUCGAUUUGUGAAUUGAUUUUGUGUCCAGUUCUUUGCCUUCUUUCGCCGGACUGAAUUAAAACCCGCUUGUAUUCUGUUAUUAUUACUUACGGUUAUUUUUUUUACAUGCGCAGAUUUAUUUAGCUUUGCAGAACCAGCGUUUUCCUUGUCUUAUGUCAAAGAACCGUAAUCCUAACGCUUGCGAGUGAACAAACUUGAGCGCUUAAAACUUCCUUGGAACUUUAGAAGGCCAGCAAGCUUACUCGAGAAGAAAAGACUACUUCGAUCAUUUUUCUGUUGCUCAAGUAAAAAUAGUCAGAGUUUUUUUUCCUUUAGUUUUUUCACUUUUAAUUACAUAGUUUUGUUAUCUUUCUGUACGCAAAUUUUCCUUUCACUCGCUGUGAAGUAGCGGAGAACGACAACUGCCGGCAGUGACUCCAAAACAAUCGACUCUUUGCCGGUAAACAAUUGCUGGAACUGGAUUUGACUGAAGCGAGCAAAACAAAUCCUUAUGUGCAGUUUUCAGUAUUUUCUAAUGAUUCAGUUUGCUGAGUUUAAUUUGCUUGAAUGAAGAGCGUACCCUCGCAUGGACCAGUUAUUACUAAAAAAAGUAGCUAAUCUAGCUAAGUAGACGGAAUCAUGGCUUGGCUGCGAAGCUUGCAACUGAUCUUUUGCUUUUAAGAUCUUUAGGUAGGUUGUUUCCGUAUAAGAUUUAAUUACCGAUUGAGGUCACUUUAAGGACCACAGACGCCACUUUAAGCUGGCAAAGAGAUGCGACAAGCAAAGAACAAUUCCAUCAUGCAUAAAAUUCAGCUUAAGUGAACUAAAAAAGCUUCAAUAAGGUUGCAAAACAACAAAUUUUCAUUAACUAAACAUAAGGCUUAAGGCUCUUAUACCUGCUGAAGAAGUGAAUUUUCUGUAACAUAAUUGGAAAGAAGUUUUUGCAAUAACGUAACUUAAACUUUGUUUCAAGGAAAUCUUACUUACGCGUAGGUUUUUAACAGGUGUUUUGCAUGUUCAACUUGACAACACAAAGCAAAAUUAAUCUGCGCGAAACGAUCAAGUUUAAUAAAACUAUGGUUGCUUUGAAAACGAUCUUGGGGAAGAUUUACUAGAUACUCUUUUUCUGCCCACAUAUCAACGCCAAAACUGCUACAUUGAGGAUUUUGUUUAUAUUUUAGUGUUCUGCGAAGCUAGAAGUGUGCAAUCGAGCGUGGGUUUUAAAAUAUCAGCUAGAGUGCGACAAAGUUCAGUAACUUCAAAGACAUUGUGGGCAAACUUGAAUUUCUUUGGGCAGAUUAUUAUACAAAGAUAUUUUGUUUUUGUGUCCACGGUGGAGCUCCGGACCUUAUAUAUCCAGGAACUUCCUUAAAUGAACACAGUUUGUGAAUGCAUCUUCAAAAAAAUCGGACUUACGCACGCAUUUCCAGUACGACUCAAGGAAAUUCGUAAAUGUCGUUAAAGUCCGUUUCACUAUGAUGUAUUCUUCGAGAAAAUUAAAUAAUAAGAAGGUUAUAACCACAGCUUGCAAGUUUUGAAGACAAAUUGCCUGUUCUUUCCAAAUUUGUGAAAUUAUGGGAUAGGAUGGCAUAUCCAGUGAGAACAAAAUGAAGAAUGCCCUCUUUGUAAAAAGCAACCUUUUUUACUCCCCACCAGUUUGCCUAAAAAGGUGGGGAGUAAGUAUCCCGUACUUUGCGCAUGCGCAAUUCGUUCGAUAGUACCAUGUGCUUGGUCGGACAUGCUUCUGAUGCUUGUUGCAUUUUACUGUUCAAAUUCGCCUACUAAAUACGUGAAAGCCUAGUACAUUACAAACUCCAUAUAAAUCCUUCUAAAACUAGACCUCGAUCGUAAGCGUUACGAUCCAGGCCAAUUUUACAAGGAUUUGUGUGAUGUCACCAGAGCAUAACGGUACUUAUGUCUCAACACAAAGGGGACAUUUCUCAUAUUUUUCUUUCAAAAUAUGUCAACCAGUCCAGUAAUUUCUCAAAUUUAUAUUUUGUAACGUCACCCUUCUCUUCGCUUUUGCAAGUACUCCAAUGAUUUCUUUCUUGCCGCCUGACUGACCGCCGCGCUGACUGCAUAAAUAAACAUCUUUUCUCCAAAUUCUACGAGUCCCCUUUGUUUUCGGUUUUAAAAGGGUACCAGUUUUCUACUGUAUUCCCCUUUAAAAGGAAUCCGGUUUACGAACUUUUAUUGUACGCACCUUUUACACACCUUCCCCGUAAAUUGAGAUGAGUUUCCCCCUUAUUCUAUUCACACUUUUUCACCCUUCUUGCUUGUCCUAAUUAUUUUUUGUUUUAAGGUUGUGGAAGAUCUUGCCACGACAGCUUCUUCAAACCUCACUUCACCUCGCGUUAACCUGACGUUUGAACCAAUUAACCCACAGCAAAACUUAGCUGAGGGAGGAGUGUUUGAAUCUAUUAAGAACAGUCUGCAAAGCCUAAGGGUAAUUGCUCCUAUAACAAUAAUAAUAAUAAUAAUAAUAAUAAUAAUAAUAAUAAUGAUGAUGAUGAUGAUGAUGAUAAGGUGACUCACUGUGGAAUCCAAAAGAGUGCAGUGUUAUCCAGGUCAGGAAGCCCAAGCAAGUUGAAGAUGCAGCAGACCUCAAGCUGGGCAAGACAGCUUUGGUGGAGAACGUCAAGACUGGGGCCAAGAACAUUUUCCUUGGGGUGAGGGUCGUUCACUAAAGUAUGUAGAACGAGAGUAAAAGUUAAUUAAUAUCAAGGCGGCUAUGGAGCUACAUGUAUAUGAGAAUCCAGACCGGAUGAUGAGAAUUGUGCGGAUAUUUGAAGGGAUUCUUCUCACUUGUGACGGACGCACACAAUUUAGUCUGGGAACUAGGGACUAGUCUGAAUUGAGCCACUCCCUAACCAUCGUGUAGCACGCAACAGAGGAUCAGAGGACAUCCGGUGAGACAAUAUCUUAGGAAAGCUGUGGGAGAGAAUGUUGAGGAGAGAUGGCAAGGACGUCUGCUGUGGGCCAGAAGGGAAGACGACCUGCUGCGUGAACAGGGCCGUUUUGUCUGGUUGAGUGGGUUAGCGUGCGCCCCUACUCCUGCUAUCGAAGGGGUUAUGGAACUUUACGAGCAGCUCUUACUACUUCUUACUUCUGGUUGACGCCUAAAAGAGGACAGGAAGAAGACUGACACCAAAAGGCUGUAGCGAUCUCUCAUGCAACUUUCAAGAUCUCUUACGUUCUCCAGCCCAGUAUCCCUCAAUAAAGGGUUAAUAUAUGUAGUUGAAGGGCAUCAUCUUUUUGCCAUUCCAUGAGUGGGCACUCAUGUUAUCAGGUGUUGCACUGAAGAACAUGUUCAGAAAGAGCAAUCCUUAUAUUUUGAAUGGUAGAGGUCACCUUUUUUAGACUACCACAAAGCUCGCGAUUUUAACCUUAUUCUUCUAAGAUGUGUUUACCACCAUUUGCAGCAUUCUUGUAUAAGUUCCACCCAGGCUUCUUGCUUUGUCAAGGAGCAAGUGCCACUCCUGUAAAGGAGAAUUGUCUCCUUAGUUGGUCUGAAUAACUUCCGCCUUUUUUUCUGCAAAGUCACUCUUCCAGAUGUUGUUCACUUUGUUUAGUGAUUGCCAGGCCAGUGCUGUGCGGACUUUUGUCUCUUUCCUUAGAACAUGUCCAGCUGCCAAGAUAUUUGCGACUUGCUCCCCUGUCUCUUCCACGACUGUUUGUUUACUUUUUUACCAUCAAUUGUCUCUAUUUCUACACUUUCAACGUUGAUAUACAUAUCUUUGGUCUAUAUUGCAUUCUAUAUUCCCAUUGCGUAAAAGCUGCCUGGCUUGCCUAAUCUCGUCAGACAGAAGAACAAUGUCAUCAGCGUAAUUCAAGCCGCUCCUCUUUUUCUUGUGUGGCUUGCCACUUUGCAUGAUCAACCGCAAUGACAAAUAAAUAUGGUGCCAAAGUCACCCAGCAUAACUCAGGAAAAUAUCACCCCAAUUAAAAAUGAUCUGUUUCACCGUCAGGGGAUAGAACCUUCCCUUUGAUGUUGCUACAUUUUAGCAUGAUUGCAUUUUUGAUUCUCUCUGGAAUGUUGAACAUCGCUUGAUGGUUAAUGGAGACGAAUGCUUUAUUAAAGUCAAUAAGAACCAUAAUUGAUCGUAGAUGGUAAUUCUUGACUCUUUCAAAGAUACCUCUCAAUGUUAGCACCUGCGUAAUGGUAGAUCGACCCGGGCGAAAGCCAUUCUGGUUAUAUCGCAGAGAUGGAUCUAUUUUUGGACGUAUUCGAUUUAAUGGCACUCUGUUUAUUAGGUUGGCGACUAUCGAUGAGUAAGCUAACACCUCUGUCGUCGAUGUCACAGCGUUUCAGUAUCUCAGGCUCUCCAGGUGCUUUACCUUGGCUUAUCUACUUCUUAGCAUUAAGCACUUCCCACACUGUGAAUUCAGUCUCUGUUACUCCAAGUUUAUGCAGAACAGGAUCAACAUUAUCCAGGGUUGUGUCUUCAGCAGGGGUUCCAGCAGUGAGCUGAAGCCUACCCGAGUUUACGCGCAGAGACCGGUACGUCAGACCAAAUUAACACCAUGUGGAGAAUGUGUGGGUAAGGUACCAGAGAGCUUUGCUCAAGUUUUGGCACGUUUUUCAUCACUGGCGGAGACUACAUGACCAGGCAUAAUGUUGCACUAAUAGAGCUCUACUUUGACGGAAAUGCUAAGGGACCUCAAGCUUGCCGACUCUUCUCCUCCUUGGUACUCACGAGUGGAGCUCGGCCCGUUGUACCUGUCAGACGACGCUCAAGCAUACUGAGAUGUUCCUGUUUUACGCAGAGCACACACAUGGUUGAUUGGCGAUUUGUUAACCACAAGGAGAUGAGUGUGGUGGCUGUGAAAAUGAGCUGUCCAUGAUUGGACAACCGCGCGAAGAAGGAUACUGAGAAGACAAAGAAGUACCAAACACUGCGGUGGGAGCUUGCUAAGCAAUACCCAGUCUACAAGAUCAAGCACCUGAACGUCAUCAUUGACGUUCUGUUGGAAUAGCCAAAGGAGCUAGAUCUCGAGAUGAGUACGCUCUUUGGUGCGCUGUUGAGCGAUGUUCUGAAGUGGACGCAGAAAGCAGUACUGUCCAGAAACGGCGAAAUAUUUUGAAUGAAUAAUUAUGGCUCAUAUUCCAUGAGGGCUAAGCCAAUCAAAGCUCUAGAAUUGGUUUAUCCAAUGAUUCAGUUAUUCAUUAAACAUAUUUCUCCAAUAAUGAUUGGCUCCAAUCUCCCGGCGAAUUCUUCAUUACUAACUGUCACUGAACAUACUUGAAAGAUGUGAGCAAUAUAUCAUCGAUUCGAUGGUAUAACAUGAUUAUGAUAUACUAUAGACUAGGCGCGGCAGCCUAGCUUUAUAGUGAACUCAGCAAAAAAAAAGGUCUGUUCACGACUAUCCGAAGACGAAAUACUGAGCUGAAUUUCCAACUAACUGAACGGAAGAAAUGCAAGGCAUUAGAUCUGCAUAAUUCUUCACAUCCUACUCAGCCUCAUUCAAUAAUUCCUAAUUGUACCAUGCUCUCUAAAUAUGGUCAGAUUACGUGUAAGUUUAAGAAUAUACAAGAAGCGAACUUGAUUUUUUUUCGCGAAGGAAUUACUACAACGCUAAAAAAGUGCAAGUUGCUUAGAUUUGACCCUGAAGCAUAGUACCCUAUUGUUAUGCAUUUCCCAUCGACAACUGGAAGUUCACAUCAUCAUUCUAAGUUGAUGAUGUUCUGCGCACAGCCGGGAAUACCUCUGUGCUCGUAGACUUGGAUGUACAUUUCUUAACCAAUUAUCAAAUAUAUUUUCAUUUAUCAGGACAGAGACUAUAAAAUCUUCAUCGGAGAAUUUGCUGACAGAGCAGCCGGUUUGGUUUUUUGCCAGGUAAGAAAAGUAGAACUAGAUAAUUGUUCCCGUUAAAAACUGAACUGGUGGUAUGAAGCGUGUGAGGAUGUCUGUUGGUGGUGUUGGUAGUGGUGGUGUGCGUGAAGGUUCCGCCCAGAAGAGGUACCUUUUUCAGGUUUCAGGUGUAUGAAAGGGCACGAAUUUUACCAGUUGAAGUAUAUGAAAGCAUAGGAAAGUAGGUCCUAAGAUGGCCUAAAAGGACUAAGAGAUGCAUUUUAUGGCUAUGAAAAAGUCGAGAAAGCGUUUUGGCUUUGUGAUUUAUUCAUAUUUUGAAUACAGUGCCUUUAUAGUAGUAAAAAGGGAUGCAACGUUCUAACCUAGGUAUGUGAAGAAGGGGUAAUUAAUGUCAACGUCUUUACACAAUUUGAGUUACUGUAGUUCUUUUUUGGCUGUCUGUAGAAUCGUAUCUUGUAGGACUCAAUAAAGCUUAAAAGGUACGCCUAAAUUGGUAUAAUUUAGGCCGUUUAAAUUUUAAUUUUCCGACAAUAAUCCCGGCCAAUUUUCCCCCGUAAGUCACGCUUCAGGAAAUUUAACAGCCAUGGCCAGGAGCGCAUCACCCAAGAGAGUCCAUUUUAAACAUGUCCUGGGAUAAGGAUCCUUGGUGGAGAAAAAAGGCGAAAACCGUAUUAUAAACAACGGAAAUUGGAUCAAAAUUGCUCUCAAAUGAAUGCCACACCAAUCAUAAGAAUGCAGCGUUGAUUCGAGGAUUAUAGAAAAAUCUUUACAAUUUUGGGACCGAUACACCUUUGGGACUAUACUAGGGGUGCUUUCUAUUUGUCAGAACUGGCCGGCCGGACCAUUGCCAGACCAGUCAUUUUGACAAUGAAAUCGGCCUUUUCCAAGGUUUUUUGCUGAAAAACCAUCUCCUUUCCGACACUAUUUAAGAUUUGACUGAUCUGGCUGGAUAGUUUUGAUUAACAGUCAAAUUCUCAUUAUGACGGGAAGGGUCUGGCCAGUCAGUUCUGACAAAUGGAAAGCGUCCGCCGAGGUAUCCGCCUUAGAGAGAGAUGGCCCACUAAUAGAAAGUCAAAUGAAAGGAGUGAAAAAAGGAAGAUACAUCUCCAACCUUAAGAUCUUUUUUCUCUAGGUUUCCGCUUUACAGAGGUGUUCGUCUUAUAGAGGUACCUGUCCGUUACGAGACAGUCGACUGUAUAUGGUAUUCUACAUCAUUCAGAGAUCUAGAUUCUAUCUCAGAAAAAAAACGACGCAUGAAAACUCUUUACAUCUUUUUGUUUUAAAUAAUAUUUACAAAUAAUGUUUUAUAGUCGACUCUCUUUGAAAGGACACCUCCAUAAGACGGACACCUCCGUAAAACGGACACCUAGAGUUGGUACCUACCUUUCUUUACUACUUUUAUUUGACCGUGACUCUCUAUAACAGGGCUAUAACACAAAACUUUAUUUUACAUGAAAAUCCAUAACUUGAUGUAAUUGCUGAAAUUUUGGAGGUUGCGAAUAAUCCAAAUCUCAGGGGUGUCACGGUGCGAGGCGAUAGACCCGGAUUCGAACUCCACGUGGUAGAAUAUUAAAGCAGAUUUAAAGACAGAUCCUUAGAGUUCAUAACAAUAGCAGUCGCGUGUACAACAAUUCAAUGUAAUAGCAAUAUUCGUGGCCUAGUUACGAGGUCACAGAUCGCAGUAGUAGCGAGUAGUAAUACACGCAGUAGACGAAGUAAUAGCAGACGUAGUCGACGUAACAAAACGUAGACGUAGACGUAGGUUCGAACUGAAAGCGAUAAUUAAAGAAUACGAAUUUGGUCGACGACUCGCACCAAAAGUAGCAAAAAAUAGCACUCUAGCAGCAUCAAAGAAACUUGUGAUAGCAACUUCAAUGAUAGCGGGAUAACUUAUAAUUUCUAGUAUUGCGUUGCCUCUUUUAUAAUAGAGUAUACGUGUAUUGUGCCUAUGGCGUUAACUAAGUAAAACUGUACCUACGCUUUACGCGUUUCUUAGCGGAAAGUACCGCACCAUGACAUAAGCGUGAAAACCUUCAAAAUGUUUUUAGAAAGAUUGAUAUAAUCACGUUCUAUAACCUAAAAAUAAAAACUGUCUUAAAGCAACUAAAAAAUAUUAUAAGACAAAUGAACAAAAGAACGUUUCAAAACUAACACUUACAAGUACAGACUACCUGCAAUUGGCAAAGCUAAUUGGGGCAGGUAGUAUGGAGACCUAUCACUUAAACUUAAAUUACAAUCAGUUAAUACAAAGGAUUUUACUGAAUCAGGCAUCAGAAAUUCGAAAAUCUUCCGUCAGUAACUGGGAGCGUAAAGAGACACGUCCUGUCAGCACACGCACAUGCACAAGACAGACAUCAGGGUCUAAGACCCAAAAGGUGAUCGUCUAAGAGAGAGUUGACUACAUCGUAAUUUUGUUGUCUGUGAUUUAAGACAUGUACUUUUAAUAUAAACGCCAAACUCGAAAAAACGCCCAGGCGUUUAAUCGGUAACGUUGACGGUAACGGGGUCCUCGCUCUGUUGCCCCUCUUUCGUACCUAGCCCGUUAUUCGAUUUUGUUUUUCUCACCAAGGCGCCUUGUCCCAGGCUAUCUGAAAAAUGGUACCUUAACGCAAUUUUUCUAGUAUUAUUAGGGAGUUUAAGAUACUAUGACGGCGACGGAGCAAAUACCUCGCUUAAAAAGUGACUUCUCGAUCUAUGAAACUUUAGCGCGAUUAUUUCUCGUGGGGUUGAAUUCUAAAGAAAAAUAUCCAAGUUUAGAAAGAGUAAGAGAUUCGUCGUCGUAUGUUCACGCGAAAGUAGGCAAUUCAUGUCGUAGUCGUGCAGUGACGGCAAGGAAAUGUACAAAAAAGCGUGAUGCACGUGCAGAGUUGUUGUUUUGCUAAUCUUAACCAAUUGCUCUAGCCUCUUUGACGUCCUCGUUGCCGUCGCCGUAGUUAAACUCUUUAUUAUAAGGCUUAACUACUGAAUACAGGUUUAUUCGGUAUAUUCUUUGGGGUGGCUCGGUGGCUCUAUAGUCCCGACUGACGAGCCACCCUGCCGCCCCACUAAAAUAUAUACCUUUCUGACUCGUUUUUUAAGACAAUCACCUACACUGACGAGCCAUCGAUCGAGCCACCGAGCCAUUUGUAUGUCUCAUAUCUCUCUCGUUCUUUAAGCACUUGUCAUGACUAACGAGCCACUGAGCCACUUCUGUUUAAGACCUUAAAGACCUGAAAAUAUGGCAAUGUAUUUUCCUGCAAGCCUCAGACUGCUCAGAUUCAUGUGUGGUAAUGGGCAUGUACUGAGGAAUAAACGAUUUUUUUUUCUGAUAGUUGUAUAAAAUGGGAAUGUACGGACCAGAGUUUGUUUGGAUUUUAAACCCGAAUGCUGGAACCGUAGAUGAGUGGUUCGAAUAUACCAACCGCGCGAUUGACCAAGACAAGAUAAAGACUGAACAGACAUGCAACAAGACGCAAUACCAGAAAGCUUUAAAUAGAGCAUUCACAUUUAAGGCACUCAUGAUAAGGGAGGACGACAACUUCACUACCUCAUCAAAUCUGGUAAGAAUAUUUCUUUUCGUGCACGCAGCCCCUUUAUCAUCAGUAGAUCUGAUAUAGUACACUUGCAGCGUUGAGGUAAGCUUCCAAGUUAUAUGUUAUGAUCCAAGUAAUAUCGAUGGCUUCAACUAAAAUUCUUUCUGUUUAGUCGACCAGAGUAAAAUCCUAUAAUGCUGAUGAGUUUUCAGUUUUGAAAGUAUUCAUUUUUUUCUUCCAUUCACUUUGUUCACGUGGCCAAAAAUGUGACCGAGUUUUGAUGGGCGCGUUUUGAGAUAUGUGAAAGGCGGAAGUCGCUUGUUUGUUUCCGGUUUGUUUUAACAAAGUUAAGUUAGGAAGGUUUACGCCCUGGGUACCAGACAUUGGCGACCAAUUGAAAGAUAGGUAUUUGGCAAGAAAUGAGCUAAUUUUGAUUUGUCGUACUUCGCUUUGCAGACAGUAUCUGAGGCAUUUUCAAGACUGGGCAUAAAUGAUCUAUCGAGCGAUAAAACGAAAAACCUUGCCACAACUUCGUUUGAUGCUAUGUGGGGCACCAUGCUAGCCAUAAAAGAAGCUAGUGAAACAAAAAACGUUUCUGAUAAAUUGGGAAAGAACACGGACUUUGCAGAAAAUCAGGAAGUAUCUAAUUUUCUGGUGAAAAAACUCACAGAGUUGAACUUUCAAGGACUAACGGUACGUUUUACUUUUUACUGUUUUAUUUUCUAUUUUGUGAGAAAGGCGGGGUAAAGAUGAUUGAACUUAACUUGCCUUAAAGUAUUUUUGUCAUGUUUUUUAGUCAGUAAUUCUGCUAUUUCGUCUUUGCAUAGCCGUGACCUCUUUGGCAUUCUCUUAAGUUCUACACUCGUAGCAAAACAGCUAAACUGCCAAGUCGCUUUCUCGCAAGACGUCAAUGACGGUAUAAUCACACAUUUCAGUGACGUUUCAGGAGUGACUGUUGUUAGUGAUGUUUACUGUUGCUAGUAAUCUAUAAAUCAAAGCAUCUUCUAUCUUCUAUCUUCAUCUUUGGUCUUUGAAUGAAUAAUAAUAACAAUCAGCUAAUGUGAACCUGAUAUCUGAAAGACCAUCCCUGUCUAAAUGGCAUAUUUGAGAAGUUAGGUCUCACUUUAUUUUACCUCUAACGCAUUACUUUCCUAGAGUGCCCCUCCGCAGUAGAAGCAGGUUUUUUAAAAUGGUCUUUUGGUGAUCAGUGCCUUCCUUCAUUGAAGGGGAAAAAAAGACCUUAACAUUCACGGGGCUGUGACAGUUGCACUCGAUUUUGUAACCGCCGCUCGACCAGCCCUGUGAGAGAACACUCGAAGAGUCAAAAUCCUGUAAAGGAGAAAUGUAAAAUCGUGCAGCGCCCGUGAAUUAGACAAGUCAUGCGAUUUGUGACUAUUUCCAACUACUUACAUAGCCCUGGUGGCAAAACAACUAUUUGAACGGAUCUAUCUUCAAGGUAUUCUGCAGUGUCCUGGCCCCCUCGUCAAUUCAAAGCCUCAUGGCUAUAAAAUAUGCAACAAUGAAAUAUAUUAGUAUGUUACAUAUUUAUUAAUUUCCAGGGCCCAGUGUCUUUCAACCCAGACAAAAGGAGAAAAGACGUUAUCAUUGUUCUACAGCAAUACCGAGGUAUAAAUUAUUAGAAAUUGAUACUCAUUUUGUAAACUACAUGCAAGAAUUUAAACUAAGGCCUGGUUUAUAGGCCGGACUUUUCAUGAUCCGAACCAGCCUAGUCCCCAGGCGUUUCGGCUAGGUCACCAUGAGCUGUGACAUCACCGUCACCGCUCGCUCUCUCCCAGACUUCGCUCGGACAACGGAUCAAGGGAGAACGCCUAGCGACUUUUCAUGAUCCGAACCUAAAACAGAGCACAGUCGAACCUCCACGUGCGACCACCUCCCGUAGGUCACCACCUUCCGUAGGCGACCACCUUUCCAAAACACCAAAAAUAUUCUCAGUCAAAGUCUUAUACUGGAAUCUCUCGUAAACGACCACCUCCCGUAAGCGAUCGCGACCACUUUUUCGGCUGACAGUUUAGAAUUGUCUGUUGUUUUCAACCUUCGGUAAGCGACCACUUGGCACAUGGUCUUACAUUGUAAUAAUGGGCAAAAAGGAAUUUAUUCUUUGGCUGUCAUUAUUGUCUACACAUCUAUUACUGUAUUUAUUAGUUCGAUCUAUAACUACAGUACUAACCAUUACCCUUGAGAAAAAGACUCAGAUUUCCAGGUUUCAGUUAAAGAAGUUAAGUUUUUGUUCGUCAGACGUUUUCGAGGCAUUUCUAUACACGAAGUCACGUACACAACCAAGAUUUUGUAACAACAAAUUUGUAACGCGCGUAAUCUAAUUAAUUGCACUUCCGUAAAUGAGCUGUCACGUAGAAUAGCUAAUGAUUAUAUUUUAGGAUAAAUGUACCACUCAAACUCGGCUAGGUUGAGUUAAAAAUUUCGCCCUUCCGGUCAUCCGACUCUUGUAAGCGACCACCAAGCUUAACCCUUUAAGUCCCAAUAUCAACAUACAAAUUCUCCAAACUGAUCCUCAUACAUUUCCUUUAAGAAUUAGUUGAGAGAAUGUAAUAAAAGAUCAAAACAUUUUAUCUUUGCUGAUCAUUUGUCAAUUCUCAUAACCUAAUCUCUUGACAUUGUAUGGAUACUGUUAGGAGAAAAUUGAUGUUGGUCACCAUUGGGACAUAAAGGGUUAAGCCUUUAUAUUUUUGGCGGUUGCUCGCUUACGAACUUGGGGCCCGUUUCUCGAAAGGCCCGGUAACUUUUCUGGCCCCAAAUUAUAUAUUCAAAUCAAAAUGCAAAGAAUAAAAGCUCGGUUUCUAGCUGACAAACCAGUUCUUUUUGUUUUGUUAACGGAUAGUUUUAUCAUGUUUAUCUGCAAAACUAUUGAAACCUCGAUCUUGAAUGUAAACAGCAACAACUUUCCGGGCCCGUUAAUUAUUGGUACUUUCAAGAAACGGGUCCAUGGUGCAUUAAUUAUGAUAACGUAUUUUUCAAGCAGUUUUACCGAAAAGAACAAUUUUCUCCUUUUGAGUUUACUUCGACCGGAAGUAAGAUUGGUGUCUGAAUCAAUUCACCCGGUCUAAAUAAUUUGGGUCGGCCUCAAUUCGAAUUAGGUUGGGCGCGUGAAAGUUUGGCCUCUGAGCUGGGCCUAAGAACUAAGAAAUAUAUAAAUCCAAUACUUUAAUUCGUAAUGAGUUUAUUUGCCUGAGCACGAAGUACCAUUAGCCUGGGAGGCAGGCCUUGAAAUGAAGUGUAAAAGAGACCUCUCCCUUUCCCCCUUUCACUUUAGUUUCUCCCCCUACCCCCCCCCCGUUUCUUUGCCUCCCCCUCCCCAUUUUGGCUUUGCCACGCACACUAAGUACCAUGGGGAAGAAAAUCUGAUUAUCUAUCCAUGCGAAAAUUAUUUGUCACUCACUGGCUUGACCGUCCAUUUUAACGUCGGAUCAUUCCAUCCUUAUCAGCCUUUGUGUAAUGCUAUAGUGAAGGAUAUCAUUCAAUUACUGUUGUUAUUAUUAUUAUUAGAUUAUUAUUAUCAUUAUCUUUAUCAUUUUUAGGUAAUUUAUGUAAAAAGGGCACUGAAAAAAAGAAAGAUGGCGAAGAUUGAAUAAGCUUAAUCCUCACCAUUUUUUCUCAUCUAUCAAACUCUGUGAAAUCUUUGCCGUGAUUGGAUAUUUAAACCUUUUUCUGACUUCAUUAUGCAGAAGACUACAAUACAAUACAAUACAAUAUUCUUUAUUUAACGAAGGUGACGUAAUAACCCAAUGAGUUAUCUAACUUAAACUUACGGCCUUCACAACAAUACAAAAUACACAUAUGAAAACAUUUUAGCUUAAACUCAGGUCACAUUAUCCACACAAAUGAUAUAAUUUUCACUGAAUUUUAUCGCAGAUAAAGAGGAAAAAUGGGUGAACGUUGGUGAAUUCUUCGUAAAUGAAAGUGGCCAAUUAAACUUGAAAUUUUAUGAAGGCAUGGAAGAGACAUUAUGGGAAGGUAUGUUUAUAGGCCAUUUCCGAGUUCAAAAACUCUCUCGUUCAAAACGAAGCUAAGUGCAAAAUCUUUCUUGUGAAAAAAAGCUUUGUUAGCAUGAGAAUAAAAAAAAAUCAUUUUCAUGUCAAUGGCUUUACAUUUAGGCUCGUUUUAAAACAGAGGUUUAGGGCAACUCGAAAAUCGCCUCCAUUAAGCGGCCACCUCCGCGGUGCCGGCAAAUACAAAAUAAUCUCUGGAUUUCCCAUUAUACUCUCAUGUAACUUGUGUUCAGUUCAAAGGUUCAUGACUUAAAAAGUACUCAUGCAUAGUUUGCUGAUGUGUUUUAUAGCUGGAAAAGCGUGACAAACCAUCAGACCAAUACAUAUUAACUUUAUACUAAUCGGCCUCGUAUUUUGCUCAAGAUGGACGUGUCCCAAGCGACAGAUCGCAGAUAAUAAAGCAGCGAAUGGAUACUCCGCGUGCGCUCUUCAUCAUCUUCUCAACGGUGGCCUCCUUUGGUAUAGUUAUAGGGAUCAUUUUCAUGGUAUUCAAUCGCUACUACCGCGAUUGCAAGUGAGUUUCAUGCACUCUUUAAUAAAGGAGAAAUGUAGAUGUUUUACCAGGGUGGGGAGAUACCCCCAUGUGUAAACUACAUUGGUAUAUCCUGGGUAAGAACCAUUACGCACACACAGGAGCCUAUGACACUAGCGAUGGACUCCUGGCACACAUCAAUCCAAAAUGGAUGCGGAAAUAGUGUUCAGACCUCCGCAAGAGUUAUGGCGGACAAUUCCUGAAUGUCUUUUAAAAAAGAGUUUUCUACGGGAUACAAAGGGUCGCAAGAGGUGAUUGCAGUUUUUAAAAGAACACGAUCGAUACCGGAGAAGAUUGGCUAAGGCUACAACAAAUAGUACGGUUUUUGGUCAUGAACUUCAGAGUUUGAAAACAAAGGAACGGCGAGUUUCUUGAACGACUUCAAACCCUUUGGUACAGUUCUGCCUUGUCUUCCCCUAAACCUCAGGUCUCCACAGAUUCUUUUAACAAGAAAGUGAUCGAUAAAACUCAGCUGCGCUCAAUGCGCGGUGACGUAAAUAUCCCACAGUGCUGUUCGAAAAGAGUAGGGGACGUGAUGGGGCAAGGGGCCUGUUGCGGGCCUGCAGUAAUGUAGUUCUGUUGCGGUGGCCCUUCUAAAAAUUGGAAAAUCUUAGUAGAUGAAUAAAUAAACAAAUAAAUAAAUAAAGACCUUUAUCGAAUGUUUGAGAGGGUAGAAAUAUCAUGUGAUGCAGUGACUGACCGAAAUUUAAUGGGAUGUGAGAUUCCACGCAUAAAGUUGCAUAGCAAAAAUUAUACGGUGAAGCUUUAUUUAUUGAACAAGUCACCCCAACUCAAAUCCUUAUCACAUAAUUUAUGCCACUUCUCAGGUCAUGAGCAAACUCGAUCUUUUCUCCUUUUAUAUUCACAAAAAUGAAAAGCAACGAGUAUCAGGAAAUGUUUACCGGUUUUCUUUUCGCAGUUAUGUCGACCUAACGCAAUUGUUGGCUUUUUUUCUAGAUUUAUUCGUCUAUCUGCUCCAAUGUUUAAUGAUAUCAUUGUUUUGGGAUGUAUCAUGUGUUUGAGCACAAUAUAUUUAUUUGGAAUCCGGAAAGUCAACGAUGGGAAUAGAACCAUGCCACGUAUUUGCAAGGUGAGGAGUAACGUUAAUUUCAUGUGGUUAUCUACCAGUCAAACCCCAAACCGCCCCUUCCCCCCCGGGGGGGAAGGGGGCGAAAAGGAUUUCAUAAUUCUUUCUGCAUUCAGCAUGUGCAACGCGUUCACGGAUCAUUGUUCAUAUAUUCACUGUUUUGUUGGAGUAUUUGAGAACUUUUGAAAAAGCCGGUUAAAUGAGGGCUUUCUGGAAUGAACAGUUUUUUGAAAUGAACAAACCUUCGUAAGAUAGCUUUCGGAGACUUAAUUAAGAUAUUUUGGUUGUGCUAAAUAGGAUAUUCACAUUUGAAUAAACGGUUUGACGCAUGGGAAAAUUUUUGAAUAGCUGCCUGUGGGUGGGGAAUUUGACGCUUUUUCAAGCGCUAGCCGGUGGAUCAUGCUACCACCUCAAAAGCACUAUACCAAUUUACAGGGGAAUUUAACCAAAAAGAUCAAAUGCCUAGGCCUAGGGGGUUUGCUGGGGCAUGGGCGGUUUUGGAAUUGACUGGUACAUAACUGUGGUAAUGGCAGUGUAACGGACUCCAAUAAACUGAACCAAGAGCUAUUGACAGCCGAUGAAAGGAGAUUAUCCGAGCGAGACGACUAAUUUACGCCCGGUCUUAUAUAUAUAUUAAUUUUAACUACGUUCAGAGAUACUAUCUGUUUUUCUUUUAAUUCUUUAAUUCACAUUAAUUUUUAUGACGUAUCUUAUUUUUUUUCAGGCUCGUGCGUGGCUUUUGAACAUAGGAUUCUCCUUGGCUUUUGGAGCCAUGUUCAUCAAAACCUGGCGAAUUUACAAGAUUUGCACAAACAAGCGUCUGAAAGUUCGAGUAAGUGUAUCUAAUUUUUAAAUUGCUAGAAAGACAAAACUUUAAAAAUAUACUGGAACAAAACAAUUAUUAGAUUCGGUUUCGUAUGAUCUGAAGAAUUGCGCUGAUCUCGUAAUUCUUCAAAUCCUAAUCAGCCUCAACCAAUAAUUGCUUACCGUAUUUAUUCCAUUAAGCGCCCAACCUCGAAUAAGUGCCCAUCCUGUAGGGAGGAAAAGUUAACAAGCAACUAACCUCGAACAAGAAGUUCAACCCACUCCACCCACCACCCUCUCCCCCAAAAAACUGACGUGGACAAGAUAAUUGUUUCCUUACUGCCCAAUAUACAGUCGACUCCCGAUAACUCGAACCUUCAAGGGAAAUCGAAAAAAGGUUUGAGUUAUCGGGAGUUCGAGUUAUCGGGAUCCCCAAGAAAAUAGCCGAGAGUAAGGUAAAAAACAGUUUUUACUGCACAGUGAACAUUUUAAUCACAUUUAAUUUUAGAAAUAACAAGCGAAAAUUAAUAGAUACUUUUAGAUUAUAAAUCAGAACGCAGCGUAACAAAACAUAGCCUAAAUAGAGCAUGCGUUUUACUGUUUUAAGAAGAAAAGCUGCUUCACGUUAGCCUGUGACAAUCAACAUCACCCUCCUCUAGUAAACUAUACUCCUACAACACGUCAAUAGGAAAUCCAAAAUUCAAUGUUUCGGACGCCAGUAGACGGCUUUUUUGCCCGACUUUUUAAGGGCUCAAAACAUGGUUCGAGUUAUCGAGGGUAAAUUUAUAUAGAAAAUGACCUAAGGGGAAACGAAAAUUGGUUCGAGUAAGCGGGAGUUCGAGUUAUCGAGGGUUCGAGUUACCGAGGGUAAAAUUACAGUGAGUUUAUGACGGAAAUCCAGGGGAAAUCGAUUUUGGUUCGAGUUAGCGCGAGGUUCGAGUUAGCGAGGGUUCGAGUUAUCGAGAGUCGACUGUACUUAUCGUCGACUGACCCAUUUGCAGACGUUACGUUGUGAAAAAUCGACGAGGCAACUAGAGAGAGUUCGCUUAUUGACCUCACUGACAGUGAGAGAGAAAUUGACUAGGUUCUAUUAGGAGACUUCCCUGAGGACAAAGUUCUUAGUCGUUUUGAAAUAAACUUAAAUAAACGGUUAAAAGUUCUGCUUUGCUACAUCUUCACGUUUUGUUAUUAUUUACUGUUUUGUUGGAAAAUUAACUUUAGUACUUGCUAAAAAUAACGAAAAUUCAAUAAGCGCCCACUCUCAAGGCCCAGAAAUUUUAUAAGCGCCAUAAACACAGUAUCCUUAGUUCAAACCAUAAAUAAGUACAUUCUCUCCGCUAUACAAUAGAAGUUGUUUGACUUGCUAACAUCUAACAUGUUCGAAAUUUAUCAGUUGGGUCCAUUGUCUGAUUGGUGGAUGCUGGCUAUGGUAUUUGGGAUCGUUGUGAUUGACGUGGUGCUGUUACUGGCUUGGGAACUUACAGACCCGCUCCAACAUGAAGAAGCAGUCGUGGACGAGAAGGUUAGUGGACAGAUUACAACCUGCUCCAACAAAGAUUUUUCAGCGUAUAUCUUACACGAUAUUAGCACUUGUUGAGAGGUGCUUGUAAUGCUGAUUUCAGGUUUAUGAAAUUGCUCUAUUCAUGUGCUUCGAAUUUUAACUCUAUGAUUUCAUGUGGUGCUCGUAUAUGACCACAUUUAUACAAAAUGUUAUAUUUCUGUAAUUUUUGGAGGAAAAUUCAACUGGGAUCACAUGGACUUUGAAGCUUCCAAAUAACAGUCAGUAACUAUAAACACUAUUCACGAUCUGAAAUAACGCGUACUUGCUCUCCCGGCGAAGUGACCUGGUCCAUAGUAUUGAUGAUUAAUACUUGUAUUUUCGGUUUUCAUUGCAGAAUGAUCCAGCGGAUCACUUCAAAAUAAUAAAGUCUACAAUAAAUACAUGUACGGGGAAAAAUGUGGAAAUGUGGCUGGCAUUGAUUUAUGUUAGCAAGGGAAUUCUUUUGCUUUACGGGCUGUUCCUCGCUUAUGAGACAAGAAAUGUCGUGUAUGCGCAUUUGAACGACUCGCGAAUCAUUGGAAUUUGUGUGUACAACGUGGUGGUGCUGUCCACUAUUGGUGCGUUCUUGGCUCUAAUUUUGAAGAACGAACAGUAUGUAGAGUUAUACUCCGCACUAAGUGUGUGUAUAUCUUUCCCAGCUGCAGCCACUAUAUCGCUGAUCUUCAUACCAAAGGUAAAACCUGAUUUAUUCGGCCAUUUUCAACAGAUAAUUUCAUUACGAUUGUCACAGAUUUAACAGCUCGAAGGUCGCAUCGUCAUGGAACCACUUGUAUUCAUCUGACAUAUCACUCCUCGUAUUAAAUUUAUACAGCCGCCAGGCUGCCUCGUUUCCAGGCACCGUCUGCACUACUAUUGCAGAGCAUCACUGGGCUAUGUAAGCGCAAGGAAGGACGCCUGGAGUCGAGGCAGGCCGCCCAACGAGUUCACUUAGUAGAAACCGUCCAGCGUCUUUUAAGGUGGAUUUUUACCCACAUUCGUACGAGCGUAGAUAAAAUAUAAAUGUGUGGAAGGUCAGGCGUAAACGUAAAAGUUGAACCUCACUUAAACGUUUACACACGGCCUUUCAUACAUCGCCUAUCUAUGUAUUUUAUUUACGCUCGUAGGCACCGGCGUAAACAUUACACGAUUGUGGACUAAUCCACCCUUAGGCUGCAGACUACCUUGUACCUCCUGUGUGCCUGACAUUUGAUGGUGCAUAUUACUACUACAGUAAUGAUAUUCAAAAAGGGUUGUCGGUAGACCAAAAGAAAUGCAAUGGAUACUCAUUAUGUUAGCAAGAUUUCCCCCCAGUAUUUCAGCGGGCUAAGCGUGCACGCAACGCCGUUACAGGUAUUAACGAAGUCGGGAUAUUCCAGAACAGGGUUCUUCAAUCCCGUAAUCCCGACCCAAAAUUUCGUGCAAUCCCUUAAACCUGAUGGGCUUAUGGCAUCGUACCUCAAAUCCAAUCCCGAAACUCGCCCUGAUUUUGCUUUAAAAUCCCGAAUCCCGAGCUUCAAGUAAGGGAAUUCCCGGAUCCCGAGCUUCAUGUAAGGGAAAUCCAGAAUCCCGAGCUUCAUAUAAGGGAAAUCCCGAAUCCCGAGCUUCAAUUGAGGGAAAUCCUGAAUCCGUAAAAGCCCACUGGAGACACACAACUAGUUAAACAACACUGUUAUCUUCUAAUUAUUCAUUUAAAUCGCAAAUUUUUCUUUGUAGCUGAUACAUCGCCUAAAAGCAAGCUCCCUCGACGGAGAAACCGUUGGAGAAUCGACCUUGAAUCACACUUUUUCUCGUCCAUCCAUCGACGUAACCAGCACAUUUAAGGGCACAGAAAUGGGAAGAGAAAGAUUCGUAGACGCUCCUCCGUCAGGCAACACACUCGGCGUCUAUCAAAAUGGAGGUUUCAUGGACAGUCUUUCUUCUAUUCCUUCACCCUCACCUGCAAAAUCUGCAGAAGAACCUGCACAUUCGGCAACAACACUAGAGGAUUAA